AUGGUCUGCAGUCAAGUCCCUCCCAUAUGCCUCUCCCUCUGCUACUCAUGUCUUCUUCCAAUUCCCGUGUCCACGGAGGCCCAGCCCCUGGCAGAGGGGCUGCAACCCGACAGUGGGAUUGCAAACUGGUGCAGCCACUAUGGGAAAAGACUCGGGGACGCCGCUUCUCGCUUUCUCUGCUCUGAUCCGCAGUUCGGCGGGCAGGGUCCUGGGCUAGUCCUGGCGUCCCCGUCUCGGAGACUGCAGACCAAACCAGUCAUUACUUGUAUCAAGAGCGUCCUCCUGAUCUACACUUUCAUAUUCUGGAUCACUGGUGUUAUCCUUCUUGCUGUUGGCAUUUGGGGCAAGGUGAGCCCUGAGAAUUAUUCCUCCCUUUUAAAUGAGAAGGCCACCAAUGUUCCCUUUGUGCUCAUCGGCACUGGCACCGUCAUCAUUCUUUGGGGCACCUUCAGCUGUUUUGCUACCUGCCGGGCUUCUGCGUGGAUGCUAAAACUGUAUGCAAUGUUUCUGACCGUUUUUUUGGUUGAACUGGUCGCUGCCCUUGUUGGAUUUGUUUUCAGACAUGAGAUUAAAAACAGCUUUAAGAAGAAUUAUGAGAAAGCUUUAAAGCAGUAUAAUGCCACGGGAGAUUAUAGAAGCAAUGCAGUAGACAAGAUUCAAAGUACGUUACAUUGUUGUGGUGCCACAAACUUUAGAGAUUGGAAUGUUACUAAUUAUUACAUAGAAAAAGGAUUUCCCAAGAGCUGCUGUAAAGUUGAAGACUGUUCUCCUCAGAGGGAUGCCGAUAAAGUAAACAAUGAAGGUUGUUUUAUGAAGGUGAUGACCAUUAUAGAAUCAGAAAUGGGAGUUGUUGCUGGAAUUGCCUUUGGAGUUGCUUGCUUCCAGCUGAUUGGAAUCUUUCUCGCCUACUGCCUCUCUCGCGCUAUAACCGACAACCAGCAUGAGAUAGUGUAACCAACAUUACACAUGCUUACUCCUUUCCAACUUUAAGGAUAUUUACAUUACCCUCUGUGAGCUACUAGAUUGCCUGGUUUGGAAAACUGCCCCAUGUUACCCAUUGACCGAAAAGCUACACCAAUAGUCUGAUUCCAUCUAGACAUUUGUUCAAUAGCGUAUAAGUCCACCUUU